UAUGAACAUCUGUGGGUUUCCUGGAGGAACUUUAGGCUAAAUAUAGUGACAAACUUUUCACACAGAAGUAGGAUUACGUUUUUUUUCUCAUGUUUAAUCAAGGCCCUGUUUUUUCUUAUUUACAACAAGUGAAAUUAUCAUCAUCAUUAUGAUUUGAUCCCGCCUUUAGUCCGGAAUCAUACCCUCAAUUUGUUAAUUCAACAUCAAAUUGUCUCGUGGAAAAGCGCUGAUCCCUCCUGACCUCGUGCGCAUUUAAUUUUCUCUCAGCUCUUCCCCUACCGGCGAUUGACCACGUGGGUCCAUCUAAUCUGACAGACGGCACAUGUUUACUGAUUUCUAUCAUGGGAACAGCAGAGUUGGUGCUCCAGCUAGAGCCGUGCCACAGGAGGAAACAUCCCUCCCACCACUCAGGCGGACAACACAUUGAAAACUGAUGCACAUGCAGCGAGACAAACACUGAAGGAAGUGAAGUUAUUUUCUUUUCUUUUUCACUUGAUCAUCUAGAGUCAGAGGAAGUUACUUCACCGGACAUCAGAGGAUGGAUUGAGUAGUCCCCCAGCGCUGUUUUCCUCCUCCAACCGGCUGCAGACGCGUCUGGAUGGCAAGAAGUUGCAACUUUGCUGAAAUGAUGCUCAACUUCCAUCACCGCUCGCUGUUCCCAGUGGUGGCAGCGGCCGUCCUGACAGCUGUUCAAGGUGAGAUUUAUGCUCUCCAUGCGCAGCAAAGCCUUUUCUUUUGCGUCUGUUUAUUGUUUCAUGUGUGUUGGAGCGAACUCAAUGAACAACAUAUCAAAGGAACUGGACUGGAAGUGGCUUGAAGGCUUCAGCUGUGUUUAAAAGGAUGAAGUGUGCAGCUUUUCUACGUCCUUGUAGAUGCUCUGGAAAUCUCAAACAUAAGAUGGAUAUUGCUCUUUUGAGACUAUGACUCUAGCUUCAUCAAGUAUGCAGAAAUGGGAGUGUUUGCAGCUGUUUCCUUGAGUCUUUACUGGCAAAAAUUUAAAGCAGCAGGCUCAUUAUAAGAAUAUAUGCAGUUUUUGUGCAUAUCAGAUGGCAGUGUUUGAAAAACAAGCUUUAAAACAUAAUAACACUGGAGAAAAUGUUAAUUUAUGGAUAUAAAAUCCCCAUUUCUUAUGUUUUCAGGCUGUAGGCUGUGUAAGAAUUUAGGGUUGGUUUCAGAUUUUAACAUUUAAAGCAGUACUCGUGCACAUGAGAUGGGGACAUUUGAGAAGUAAGCCUUAAAAAUACAGAGACAUUUUGAAAAUGUGCACUUAAGGGUUUAAAAACCGUUUUCCAGGCAACAGUUUGCCCAAAAAUCUAGCUUUGUGUUUUCAUAUUUUUAGGGUUUUAUGGUUUCUACUCUCUGCCCAUUUCAUUGUCCCUCAGUUGAAAUGAAAGUGACAGCAUGCUCUCCUGUGUGCAUCUGUAAGCCUCAUCUGUGGGAUUAAAGAGGCCUACAGCUCAGGCUGCACAGCUGUUUCUCUGCUUGUUUAAAGAUAACCUGCAUCGGGAGCAAUAGAGUCACAGCAAGCUGUCUGUCCUCUCUGUGAUACUGAUAUCAUGCCAAAGACUACUUUCUGAGAUUGCAGGGUUUUAAAUCUGCACAUGAUAACUUUGUGUGCAUUUUUGCUGUAUGUAUACUGUACAGAGGACUGCAGUAUUCCUGCUCGUGCAGGACUCAGCUGUGCAGCUGUGCUCUUAAUGCGUGUCUAAGUGAUAGAGUUCAGUGGCUGAUAUCUCCUCUACAUCCGUGAAUAUGCUGCAAGCCUUAUCUUUCAGUGCAGACACAGAUGUGGUGCAUGCUUGUCCAUGGUUCAGCUAACUUUUAUAGUUGUUUAAAUGAUUUAAAUGCUUCAUUUUGCUUUCAGUGACCUGAGUAAAGAUACUUUGGGAAAUCCAGCGACUAAUCAAGUAGUAUCUGAUCAAUAGAUAAUCUAAUAUACAGCAGUGUGCGUCAUCAGCAGACCACUUUUCAUCCUCAGAGCACUGACUAACAUUCAGUUAGAGUUUAUUUUAAUAAAAUAGAUUUGCAGCCUCAACAGAGAUUGCAAACCCUUAAACUCUAAGAGCUACUUGUGGAUGAAAAAACCCAAAAUAUUCAGACAUCUCUCUCCUCUGCUCAUUGGAAUAGAAAACUAAUAAAGUAAAGAGCACAACCAUUUUGUCAGUGUGUUUUUCCUGAACUGGAAUCCAGUCAACCUUGUGAAAUUUAAAAAAAAAAUGUUUGUAAAAGAUUCAAAAAGAUUUUUGAUUGAAGUUCCUUGUUAUUAUUAAUGUUUCACCAAAUUGAAUGGCUGAGGAGAAAUGUUUUCAGAAGCUUCAAUUCUCAAAUCUGGAUCUUAGGUGGGUGUAUGGCCUCUGUCUUCCCGUCCUUUAUAUGUUAUACAGAGUCAUCAACUUAUUCAAAAAGUCUGUUUGUUGAUUUACUCAAAGGAAAAACAGGUCCAAUUUCAUACAACAAAGCAAUAAAAAUGCUUCUUUUAAUCAUUCACAUAUGUACUUGUUAAGCAUUUAACAAUUCUAAAACCUUUUUUGAGACAAACCCACCUGAUCUUGGCUUAGAGCUGUCAGUUACCUUUCAACUGCUUUCUUUGACUCAGCAAUGUUGCCAUUCCACUCACUUGGGUUAAAAUAAAUCUGAAGUGUUGACAUCUGACUGCGUCUGGGAAACAUUUACUUUUAGUUUAUGCUUUAAUAAUAGGACACAUCACAUCUAUGUUAGGCACAGUCAGAUUUUGUCUCAAACAUUAGAAUGACGAACAUCUUGUUUUUCCUUCAUUGUAAUGUCAAUAUCAAUAUCAGUAAUCAAUAUUAUCUAGACUACAACCAGAACUUCUCAUGCUGAAAAUCCAGACCUUUCUUUCUGUGCAAUCUGGCACUGACUGUACUCUUUAAUGUAGAAUGUGUCUUUAAAGAUUAGGCAAUCACUGAUUAAGAUCACUAUAGCUUUACCUGCAUAGGAUUUUGUUUAUAUAAACAGCCUAAAAAGUAGAAAAUCAACCUCUGCCUUCAAUUAAAUAACCUUUGUAUUGCUUUAACUUUCCCUAUGAUUGAAUGCACUUCUGAAUAGUGCGUUACUGAUCUAUAAAUCACAAAUGCAUUGUCAUGGUAGUAUUGACAUGCAUGUUUAUUCACUCUUAUUGUCUGAACAUUUGAACUUGUAGGUUAAGCCUUGGAUAAACAGGCCAUGCAUUCACACCAUUUUUCCAAUCAGAUGAAACUCCAGCUCCCUGCUAGUGCUAACUAUCCUCAGAUCAAUGGGUGUCAGUUAGGUGCCGGCAGCAGAUUAGUGAGGGAUCGCUGAACGAGGAGAGAAAAGCCAGUGAGAUAUGUUGGGCUCGGAGUCCAGAGAGCUAAUUCUUCACUAAAGAGACACUUUGUAAAACAUGAGAAACAAUUUGAAGACAGGCAGAGCUGUAUCCCCAUUCCUGAGUCCUGAGUCAAACCAUCAUCAUGAUACUAAACAUUGCACUGUUACAGAUUUUCCUUAUACCACACAAAGAUGAUGUGUGCCAGCAGUGUCUACAUACAUUUUGGCCUAAAUGUGAAACUCCCUAAGGCAUUAAUUUCAUCACUAAAACCUAUAAAAUAGUUUCCUGUGCGCUUUUCUGAACACUACAUUUUUAAUAUCAACUCUGACAUCUGUAUAUUUCACAGAUUUCCCUUGCCCUGAGAAAGAGAAUUGAUUUACAUAUAGAUGUAUUCAUGAAAUGUGGUUUUGAAAAUCAAGAAAGAAUGAUAUAUCACUUUCAAGACCUUUGGGGGGAAAAGGAGAUCUGCCUUCUGCUACGUUUGCUUUCAGAUAAGUUAUUUUUCGUUGGAAAAAACAGAGUCACAUUUACACAUUAAUUCUGGAGCACUUCAACAUGGAGGCUGGAAAAUUACCAAGUGUCUUUGGCAGGGAGUGGGAACUGUCACAAACAGCAUCCUGCUGGGACAAACAUUCAUCUCGGAAGUUACAAGAGAGGCUUUUUUUUAAUACCACUCAGACAUUUUCCAUUCUCUUUGUUGCUUAGACACGGUGACAGCAGAAAAUUGGAAAACUGAGAAAAAACCACCGGAGUUACACAGUCAGUAUAUCUGUGUGUCAAUCAAAACAAUUAAAACCACAACAAAAUUUCAGUUUCCUGUAAUUGAUGCUGCUCAACAUUGUCAGUUACAAUGAAGUGUCCGCUGUCUUAACAUGAAUUUGAUUCCAGUUUGCAACCAUCUCUUUACAAUUUGUGUUAAACAAAGUAGUUUUGAGAGAAAAGCAUCUUUUCUUUAAGCAUACUCUGGACCUGAAGCCGAGGUCAGAUAAAGAGACUUAUUUUGUCUCUUACAAUGGUCAGAUUAUCAGCAGGGCCAGACGACAUCUGGAAAUACUAAUGACAGCCACUCACCAGGUUGCCAAAAUGCCGUUUCUCUUUUUUUUCCAGUCUGCUCUGGUUGGCCCUUGACAACAUGUCGUAAAGGCGGGGAUUGUGUUGCAUCUCACAGCUCCAACUUUAUCAUUCUUCGUCACAGAAAGUGAUCUGUGCUCUCAUUGGUCAACAUCAUUGACGAGAAUGAACAAAAAGAGGGGUGGGGAGAAUUAUCAAGCGUGCUAGACUUAUCCGUGAGGCUUUAGAGAGUCGUCCCAGGCUUGUCCUUGAUUAUUGUUUUUAGUAAUAAAAGUGCUGAUACCUUACAUCUGAUAGAUUUGGAUGUAGUUGUGCUUAAAACAAUGAAGUCUUUCUUAGAUAUCUGUGGUUGAACUGACGAUUUUUUGGUGCUUUGGCCACAUUCAUAGAUAGUGGCAGGGACAGACCAAAUUUGCUGUGGCCAUAAACCUAUGCAAGUGAAAAUGUGACAUAAAUUAAACGGUUUUGAAAAAUGACUGUCAUUCUUUUUGGUUUCUGUAUUCUGUUUAAUUCUUCUCAUUUAUUUGUCACUCUAAAGGUCGUUGCUCCACAUUUUAGAAGUCUCUUACAGUAGAAGGCCUUCAACUGCUGUGACCUGCGCUGAUAGAGUCUCUUUGCUUCUCCUCACCUUUGUAAUUUUCAAUCAGAAACCUUGUUUGUCCUCUGAACAAAUUCGGACACAUCAUGGCCAUCCAAACAUACUUUUUGUCUGCUGGCUCUGCUGAUGAGUUUGAGAUAUUUUCGUGGUACUCUGAGGUUGUUGCUCUUUUACAGCUGAAUCGUGUUCAGUUUGUUUUAGUGGCAGUUUUCUGAUAUUGACCACUUGCAGACACAUCUCCUUUUCCCUCACGGCCUGUUAUAAAGCUUAUACUCUAUUUCGCCAAAUGUAACCCCUCUGUCACAUUUUCAUUAUCUGCUCUCAUAAAAGGGAUAAAAAACGGAGCGUGUAGGCGGCAGCUGUGUGUAUCUAACUAUCUCACUAGUUUUACACCUGAAUGCUGACUUGAAACAGAGAAAGUGUUCUGGAAUAACCUCUCUUUGCAAUUUUCCCCUUGCAGUUGGUGAAAGCCAGAAGAUUGCCACAGACAUCGGACUGUUCUCCAGCCCAUCACAAGUUUAUCCCGCCGUCAAUUUUCAGGUCCUCAAUGCAGACCAUAUGUUCCUGAGGCAGGAUAGUCCAGAACCAUCUGGAAACUCCAGCCUGAAGGCUCAGACUCAGACUUUUCUCCUAACUAGUCUAGGCACCGGGACCCUACAGCCAACAGUCAACGCCUCUUUCGGCCCCUUAACUGUAGAUGCUCCGAUUCCUCCUGACCAGCUCCUCAGUGGGCGCCAAAUCUUGCCUGUCAUAUUGGUUCGCCAGGUUCGCUCUUCCUCCCCUAUUAUCAAGAUCCUCUUUCACAUGCUCACAGAUGGUAACAUCUCUGUUGGACAAGACAAGGUGGGAUCUGGAAAAGAUGUGGGAGGUAAAAUCUCUGGAGCCAAGGCCAAGAAUGGAUCUCAUUGUGUCACGGCUUAUGCCUUCUGGGACACAAGGGAAGUUCGUGGGGCUUGCCUGGUGCCUCCUGGUGGAUUCUGUGUGGCACAGCUGAAGCCAGAACCUACCUGGUUCAGCUCAGGCAGCCGAUCAGGCAGCUCCAGUCGGGAAGCGGGCAGAAAUGAGGGGCUUCAGGGGAACCUUGUGGAGGUCUAUUUCCAGAGUCGGAGGGAUCAGACAGGCCAGUGUACCCCUCAGGAUAGCCUACAACGUGUUGGGAUGGGAAGAGGAAGAGAUUCUGGGAGAUCAGGGACGCCCAUGAAGCGGAUAGGGAGUGUAAACCUGCUCAGAACGCCUCCAGGAAACCCCACCUUUCUUCGACUGAGGCUCGGAGGCGCUGUAGUCAUCCAGACUUCAUCCAAACCUCUGAAGACCACUGAUGUUGCAACUUUCUAUGUCUUCCUGGCUAGCACAUCCGAUCUGGAAAAUUUCAGUCUCAGGUGAGAGAUCUUCACUCUUUUUCCCUUUAUCUUUACUCUUUAACUGAUUGAUCUGAUUGUUGAACAUUUGGGGAAAUAUUAUCAUCAUGACACUAGGGAUGGAUAAUAAAUUAUCAUUCAUGAUAAAUCGUCAGAAAAAUCCUCCAUGAUAAAUAUUUGCUGUCUCAUGAUGACGUAAGUACGAGCGAUGGACUCACAGCCAUAGCCCACACAGAGCAAAAUAACAAACAAACAUGACUAAAGGUAAUGAAGAAGAUGUUUCUGAGCAACUUGUUGCUGAACGAGGCUCCACAUGAGGGAUUUCCUUCAAGAUUCCGGCUUAGAUGAGCGCAAUCAUGUAUGCCUGAUAUCGGACAGUAGAUCUGCUGCUGUUCACUCUGGGUAAUAAGAGUUUUUAACAAAUGUUAAAAAUGUUUUUACAUUUAAGACUUGUUUGAUGUCAUUAGUUUUCUCUAAAACCUACCACUCAAACCUGUGGUUAAGUAUCUUAUUUGACUACUCCAACUGGUGUUCUCAAGACAAAAUGAGUCAAAAAUAUUGAUUGGAAUUAUAAAUUUUUUUAUUGGGACUUUUAUCGUUAUCGCCAGAAUGGCAAAUCUAAUCGUGAUCAAUUUUUUAGCCCAUAUUGCCCAUCCCUACUUGACGCUGUAAAUGACCCCACCAUAAGAUGAAAAAAGGUUUAUCUCCUGUUAUCAUAUCUUUGGAUUGCUGAAAAGACACCUGUGGUUUACAAAUGUGUAAGUGCUAAGCUAUCUCUCAGACUUGAGCAGUAAACCUGGAGUCUUUAUGAGCCGAUACUCACUCAGAGCUAAUAUGAGUUCACUCUUUUAUGAGCCGCUCAGAUAGUAGAGGAUGUUUAUAACAGAAAAGCAGGCAGAUCCCUUGAUUUGAAUAAUUUACCCAACAAAUGCAAGAGGUAUUUUAUAAGAUGUGUGUUUUAGUCUUUGUCUAAUGGUACAUCAAAUCAUGUAUUUAUGUUAGGAAUUUCUGCUGUUUGUUGCAUGUUAAAGUGCUGUUUUGUUAUAGCACUGGUUCGUGCUUGGUAGAAACUAAAGGGACGUUAAGCUGAAUCAGGAAAACAACACAAUGAAAUGAGCAAACAUCUCAGUGUGGACCACAUAGUUAAUAUACCAAAAGGGUUUAGGAUAAAAUUUUCAUCACCAGAAAAAAAAUAUAAUUAGUCAGCUGUGUAGCUGAGUUUACAGAUGACAGGAGUUUAAGAGUAGUGCCAUAAAAUUUAAUUGUCAUUGAAACAAGUGGUCUAGGAAAGGAGACUGAGACCCAGUUGGGAAAUAAUGAUGUAUAGUGUAUUUGAGCAUCUUUAUGAGGGAUAAGCUCCAUGCAUUUAAAUGGUUACUUAAGGCACUUGAAUACUGAUGGGGCUUGCCACGAAGGCCAUUUAGUAAAUGCUUGAGCGCCAACAUGACUGGUGUUGUCUGCCAUUUCCACGGGCCUCAUAAAUUUCUGACACGUUAUAUCCUGUCUGCUUCAACUUCUCAGGAUCGGGGAGAGUUAUGGAAAGCACUCUUCCAUAAACAGGGAAAUAAUUGGCAAAUGAUUCACCGGUUUUUCAUAUCUCAACAUCCCACUAACAUUUCAACAAGGUUCUCUGGGUAUUUGACUUCAUAAAUAAUGCAUCUAUUUAAUGGAGCAGGAAAACAAAUAACUAAAAUCUUCCUGACUCCGCUGGGUAGAAGUGAACUCAAUAUAAAAGCUGCCCUACCACAUCCAAACAUGCAGUUCAAUCUGUUUCACAGUUUUCACUUGGCGCCUUUUCAUACACAUCGCUGAGUGGAAUAAAACUGUUUUCAUCAAAAUACUUCACAACAUUAAUGUGCAGAGCUGCUGCACCAGCGUCUGAAUUUCCGGUUUUUAUACAGCUUAAUGGUUUUGUUCGAAAUGCAAGACAACUUUCUCUGUAAUCCCAUGAUUUAGUGAUAUCAUGCUGCAAACAACAUACGAAGCAUGCAGUAAUCUGCAGCGGGAUGCAGGCAAAUGGAGAAGAAGUUCUGUUUGUAAUCCCUAGAGCACAUGCAGUAGUUAAACCUGUGGCUGUGUGUCAGUGGCCUUUUAAGUAUCAGACUUAUCCACAGACACAAAGAUGCCGACAAACACACAGACCCAGUGACCUGAAUGCAGCUCUACUUGUACCGUUAUUGGUUGUGAUUAAGUUUUGCUACAGAGACGCUAACCCUUCAACCUCCUUUGUUGUUUUGAUUUGGGAGGAUUUACAAACUUCACCUUAGAGUCCUUUAACUCCGACUCAGUCCUCCGUCCGGGCUGGCGAUUCUUUUUCUAUGUUACUUUGACCUACUGCUGCAUCCAGAAUGAGAUUGGACAAGGAAUGAGGGCUGAGUCCAAGUGAAGGCUAGCUCUGAGAAGCUUGGCAAAGUGAUUGAUUCCUCCUGGGAGAAAUCCCUGCUCCACUUCAUGCUUUGGCCCAAGAAUGAGUCCACUCCAGGAGGGUUAGCCCAGAUAAUCUGUGGCCGUGAUUGAAAAUGAACGAAGAGGUUAACCCCUCAGAGUAGAGCCGAUCCGGGCUGACUGCCAGGAUUAAGUACAAGUAUCUGUGGGUUGGUAUAUGUGCUUUACAGAGACAUCAUACCCACCUGUUAACUCACAGGCGGCAUUAAAACACAGCACUUGUGGAUAAAAAUCCUCUGUUCCUGUGAUUUUAUUACACGGAAUAAAAGAAAAAGAUGUCGAAGGCUCAAUCGGUGGAACAAAAGAAAGAGUUGAGCUUCAAAAGUGAAAACACAAUGUUGAAAUAUUGACAACAAAUCCCAAACUCUAAAAGCACUGUCCACAGACAACAGGUCCAUGGAAAAUCCCCCUCCUGUUGUUCUACAUGAAGGGCUAAUCAAAUCAACAAGCAAACAGCAGACUGGCAGCUCUCCAGUGCUCCCCUUUUUCAAAAGCAAAAAGAUUGACUGACUUUUGUAAAGCAGCAGCGGCAGAGAGUUGUUUGGUUUAUGGGUCGAUAUCCACUCUGGCCCCCACCUGUAGUCAUGAACUGUCUGUGGUGACUGACAAAGACAAAGAGCGAGGGUAGAAGUGGCUGAAAUGAGGUCUCUCCACAGGGAGGCUGGUGUCUGCCUGUGGAUGAGAAAGUCAGUGAUCCAGGAAGAUCCUGGCAUUGAGUUACUGCUCCUUCACUCUUAACAGGAGCCUGCGGAAGUGGUUUUUGUCCCCCCUGGGAUAGAUGGUCAUCAGGAGCUCCUGUUGCAGAGAUGCUCAGCUGGACAAGCAGGAAGAAACUAUAAAAAAAGAAAAGUUAAAUUUGUCUUCGAAUAAAACAUAAACUGUUGAUUUGCUCCGGCUAUGAUCAGAUCAAAACAGCGGAUUAUCUUCUCUCAAUAUCAGAGAAAAUUCAGAUGUUAGAAUACAACCAGCGCAAUAUUUCUCUAAAUGAGGUCUUAGUAUUUUUAAUGUUUUUUUCUCAAGCUUCCUGUUUCCAUAUAAUUAAAUCUGUUUGUAUUUAUGAUGUUUCAAACAUUCAUUAAGACUGUAAACAUAGAUAAAAAGUGUGGGUGUAGUCUGGAAAUUAAACUUUGCACGUGUCUUCAUCAGAGAUUGAUCCAACUGUCAGAUUGUGAGUUUGAAUAUAUUAACUUUAUUUAUGAGUACACUGAAUUCUUCUUUACAGUUUUUUAUUUCUUUGGUUCUGCAAACAACUCUGACCUUUGUGAUGCUGUUCAAUUAAUUUUGUGUGAAUUACAAUGUGUGUUUUUGUGAACUGAACUCUGUAGCAUCCAAACUGACCCUAGUUCUGACUUGAAUAGACUGCAUUCCAAUCCAAUUUGCUUUAUUUAUAUAGCACAUUUUUAAAAACAUUCAAGUUAACCAAAAUGCUGCAGAGUAAAAUUAAAAGAAGAAACACUGCAGAAGUAAAAAAAAAAAGGUGAAAAAAAGAAGAAAAUAUCAAGAGGAAAUAAAUAAAAGCAGGUAAAAAACAUUUAAAAUGAAAUCAAAUAAACAAAGUAAAAACAAAAAGUGAUAAAAGGACCAUAAAAGACAUAAAAGGACAAAGAUCACACAACUCUCUAAAAAAUUGAAGAGGUCAGAGAUGUACUGUGGUGCUGGUCUGUUUAAAGAUUUAAAAACAAAUACAAUUUUAUGAAUUCUAAAAUUAAUGGAAGCCAGUGGAAGCCAAUUGCAUCCGAAUUUAACUGAUAGUAAUCUAUUUAAUUAAUAUGUGAAUCUGUCCUCUUGGUAUCAGCAGAUGAGGAGAUUGACAGGGAUGUAGAGCUCAAUCUGAUAGCGCACACAUUUCACCCUUUAUUUCAGCGCUGAUGCUAAUGAAGCAAAAUGGUUUUGCUCAGUAAAAAAGAAUUGUUAAGGCUAAGUUUCUCCAUUUCUCCCUCUGCAUGAAUUGCCCGCUUAUAAAUCUGCAGUUACCAAAUGAGCUGCUUGAGUUGGCAUGGAUUGAAUUCCCAGAGUGAUGUUUUCAGCACUUUGUUGAAUUCCUGCCAUGAGGAAAUCGGUCUGUUUUGGAAUAACCAAGCUUUAAACUACAUAUUUAGAAACCUGUGUGCAUUUUUGAGUUAUAUAUUGAAGUUUUUUAAGUGAAUCUGGAGCAUUUUGUGACUCUUGUUUCACCUUUUCACCCCAUGAGUCAUACCACAGCUUUUUGAUCCUCUUCGGUGAUAUGUGACACAAACAUUUAGCAAAGGGACAUCUGCGAGGGAUUGGAGAUAGUCCGACCUCGGGGGACUGUCUGGUUCAUUCACAUUGUUUAUAAUAAGCCUACUAUCUCUCCUGGCAGAGUGAUGUGUGUGACUGAAUCAGACAUCUGAUUAACUGAUUCCCAGUUCUCCCAAGGGCUAAUGGGAAUAAAUACCCCUGCUAAUUCACAGUCUGCUGGCAGCCUGCGACACAUCAAUCUGUCUAUGACUCAACACUUUAGGCAGAAUAUGAACGACUGACACAUACAUAACAAGUCCUCGUGUCCUUAGAGAGACAUGUUUCUACAAGCUAAUGCAGCCGAACCUCAGGGCACUGUCGACAGAUGCAUGGCAACCAUUUUAGAUGCGGAGGAUAAAGAUGCUGCAAAUCAAUCAAAGGAGAUAAUGAAUCUUUAUUUGCGAUGCACCAAAAGUUAUGACUCUAAAAAGUAGAUAUUUACUGCACUUUUUGCAGCGUUUAAUAGAAAGACCCAAACCUAACCAUUGUAACCAAGGGCUUGGUAAUAACUUCCUCUAAUACAGACAGAUAACCUUGUCGAGAACCCAAACAUUUGAUAGACAGUACGGAUGGGCAAUUUGUGCUAAAAAAAUUGUCACGAUAAGUGUUAGGAUGAGUUUCUUCAGCCAGUAAUGUCAGAGUGGUGUUAGAGUGGUGGAGCCGUGUCACUCAAAUACCUCAGAUACUUCAGUGUUAGAUUGCUGGAGCCGGGGGCCUCUGACAAUUAUUUUCAACAAGGACCUUGUACCCAUGUUUAACAUCAUACAGGUCCCCAAAAAAUGCUCUGUCAUGGUGUUUCCUUCUAUGGACCCUCCAUAUGUUCACCUAAAGCUCCUUAAAAUAUGUUGUCCUUUGUUCUUACCAUACAUGGAUUUUUCUUGGGGUCAACUAAAUGUCAGCAGUAUGUUUAGAAACGUGGACGACUAUAUAUACUUGAACGGUCUCAAACCAAUCUUUGUUAUGCUUCUGUUACACUUGUGGCAUGAUGAAGCUGUAACCCAGAUCUGUAACUAGUAAAGCUUGUCAAAAUGAUCAUUCGUGUGGACCUUCCAUUUUUUAAUGUGUGACCAUGGGCUAGGCAUCCUUAUAAUAAGAUUAGCCACUGUGGUGAUAACGAUAAAAGUCCCGAUAAAAAAAUAUAUCAUAAUUCCAAUCUAUGUUUUUGACUCAUUUUGUCUUGAUAACACCAGUUGGAAUAGUCAGAUCAGAUACAGAUAUAGAUCCAUUGUCCAAUUGUACUUAUCUAAGUUCCAAUCUUGAAGGAAAUCCCUCAUGUGGAGCCUCGUUCAGUAAAGAGCUGCUCAGAAACAUCUUCUUCUUCACCUUCAGCCAUGUUUGUUUGUUAUUCUGCUGUGUGGGCUAUGGCUGUGAGUCAGUCGCUCGUGUUGAUGUCAUUAACUUGCAUUUAUCAUAUUUAUCAUAGAGGAUUUUUCUGAUGAUAUAUCGUGAGCGACAAUUUAUCGCCCAUCCCUCGUAGACAGCUAUCUGCCUUGACAUUAAACUUGUUUUAACUUCAUUAGAAGGAAAGUUUGAAACCUUUUGUACAUUUUUGAAUGUAGAAAAUGAAAAGGCCUAGUUCAUAAUGCACCAUAUGCUAAUCAUACACUUAAGCAAUGUGUGCUUCAAAAUUGUGUAAGCUUUCAGGUUGAAGGCCACUUUUUUUUUUAAAAUUACAUGAUUUAAAACUUUCUAUAAAAACAGAAGUCAAAGCUUUCUCUGGUCUUCUGCUUUAUACAACUGAAAUCAGCCAAGAGUUUUAUCAUUUAGCACCUCCAAAAGUGUUUUUUUCUUUUUGUUUUGAUUCCAAACCUUGCACUGACUGAAGUAAAUGUGUUUAUUUCUUUCUUGAUGUAUUCCCUUCAGGGCGACUGUAAAAACGGGCUUGUCAUUCAGUGCGGCGCGACCCAGUGACUCCACGCUGUGGGACAUUGUUGUUGAGCCUGGCAGAGGAGCAACUCCCAACACUGUGUCUGUUGUCUGCCAGAGGAAGCUUGCUGUCACUGGAAAGAGGUCAGUCCAGUGCAUGAAUAGCCCAUCCACACUGUAUUCAACUCAUGUUUGCUUCAAACUGCUCCUUUUUUUAAUACAUCCAAAACAAUCUUGAUCUUUUUUUGUGGCAUAUUUCCCUCUUACAUUAAUCCCUGAAGCCACCGUAGGGCAAAGCAAUCAGUUAUCACAAAAUAAAUAUCUAUGAUGUUAUGUAUGCUCAGCAGCACAGCACAGAUUGAAAAUGAAUCAUUUCUGUUUUUUUUUUCCAGAGAAAAGUAAUCAUAUGUGGCCUUGAAAUAGGAAAAAAAAAGAGAAGCAGUGAAGUGCAGACAAAUCUUUUGGUCCAUGUGAAAGAAAAUGUUCAUCCAGCGGCCUUUGUUUUUGUUAGAGAGUGAAAAAUUACCUAUUGAAUGAGUAACUAAAGUCAUCUCACUCUCACUUCUAACAUCAGUAAAAUGUCCACAAUAUGUUGAUAUGUCUUUGUUCGUAUUUAGUUUACAUUAGAAUAUGAAAAAAAGGAAAAUACAGUGAAAACUGGUGUAUUUGUGGUGUAAAAUAUUAAUUUAUUACUCUUGCUUGUUUUCAUUUUAAUGCAAGUUGGUUGAUUUAAAGCUGUACUUACUUUUAAUUUAAGUUUUAACCAGAAUUUUAAUCCCACCAUAAUGGUCCAUUUAAAAAAAUAAUAAUAAUAAAAUAAAAUAAUAAUAAUAAUAAUAAUAAAGAGUGGGUAAAUAAAUCUCAUGACACUUUUAACACACUGUGGAGCAGGUUUAGACAUCUUUAAUUUUUUUGUUUUCAACACACAUCCACUCCUGGUAUGUAAAAGGCCAAGAGAAACACAUUUAUUACAGGCAGAAACCUCAAGAAGAACUAGAUUCAAUGUUUGUUUGUCAUCUGCUUCAACCAGAUUGGUCGAGUAAGUGGUGAAGUGGGAUUGAUAAAGAAAAAGAAACAUAUGGAACAUAUGGAAAAGACUGCAAAAUUUAAAAAAAAAGAGAUAAAACACCAAUUUUUGCUAGUAAAAAGGCAGGCUAUUGAACUUUCAAAACAUCAUAAAAGAAUUUGUAUUAUAUUGUUUUUCAUUUAGAAGAGACGGUGGUGUUGGCACCCAUGUGAAGCUGAUUUAGAGCAGAUUAAGUCAAAAUGCCAAUAAUCAGUCUGUCUCUUCUGCGCACACACCAGCUUCACCCCAACCCUGCAUGAGCUAAUGUCACCUUGAAUAUCACCAAAAUAAAGACAUUUAACCCUGUGGAAAAAUAAGUAAACCAAGAUUGAGAUCCUGCCCUUCUCUGAUAAUGCUUCUGAUACGUCAGCUAAUAACUGUAUUCUUUGUAUCCAGUAAAUGAAGUAAACUCUGUGCCUUAAGUGCAACUGUACAUGUCUCUGCCAAAUUUACUUCUGUUUCUGCUGUCCAGUGCGAAGCUUUCAGCAGCUUUAACAACAGUCAGUGUAUUGACAUACCUCAUACAUUGGCGUGUGUAAGAGGCGGAGCUAAGGGGGGUGGAAUAUGCCUGCUUAAACCUAGUCUAUGUAAGCAGAGGGGCUUAGAUCUAUCUAUUGUGUGCGAGUAGUAAUAUGCCAGAUUGCAGGUUUGAUUUACAGUAUGUAAUGUCAUACAAAUCUACGAAUUUAGCCGGUUUAUAGUCUUAAAACUACUGAGAUGAAUUGUGAUUAAAAGUAACGGUACAUGUGUCAAAGUGCCGUUGAAAUGCUUCUACUUCUAUCACAUUCAGAGUAUAUUAUAAACAGAAGUUGGAUACUCCUGCUUUACUUUUAUGUUGUUACACACCAGCAGCCACCUCUGCCCGGCAACCUCCCGCCAAUUCAGACGUAAACACGUGCGUACACACAGACACAGAGCCUAGCAUUCGUCCGUCCGUCCGACCCACUUAUCUGUAAUCAUCCAUAAUCACGGCUACGUUAUCCGGGCUUAAGCACUUGCACGUUCAGAGAGGGAGAUUAGGAAGUAGAGAUAUUCCAGUUCGUGUGACUUGCACUGAACUAACACACUCACACACACACACACACACUCACACCACUGCGCUGAGAAGCAAUGAUACGUCCAGCGGUUUAAAGUCCUCACUAAUAGUUUUCCAGGAAAUAUGGGGCAUUAACCCUUUCAGUGCUACUCUGUCCAGCUCUCAUGAAACAUGUUUCAGUGUGUGAUAUUUCAGUUUGAGUCAAAGUUUUAUGUCUAUUUAACUUUUAAUCACUUUCCGUCUUGUUUUUGAGUUUACUUGACAAAUAGAUGAACGAGCCUAGGAGGAAAAAUCAAGCUCUACAAGCCAUUUUCUGUUGUUUACACAUUUUUCUUUUGCUGAGAUAAGUUAGCAAGCUGUUAGCAGUUUUCGUCCUUCCGCAUAUCAUGAUCAUAGCUGCUAGUUUCUUAGAGAUGCUGCACAAGAACUGUGUUUAUCCAUUAUUCAUUUUUAACAUCUCCAUUUCUUCUGGACAAAAGUUUGAAAUCUUCUGCCUGGUGCAUCAACUGAAUAAUACUGGAUUAGAUUGUUUUUAUUUUCACUCUAGUAUUAUUGUGGUUUAAUUUUUCAGUCCAAACACAGAGGUGCACACACAAACUUAGAAAAAUAAGGAGUGCAGUACACUUUUUUUUCAUGAAUGACCCAGAGAGUAGGGCUGGGCGAUGUGGGAAAAAGUUUAUCACGAUAUAUUUUUUUCAUAUCAGUCGAUAUCGAUAUAUAUUUAUCAUGAUAUGAAAAAAAUUCUUGUCUAUCUUGAAUGUUCCCUGUUACUUUUAGAUGAAAUUUAACAGUACUUAUUGGUUGCAUGUCUUUUGCAGUACAAUAAGCUUCUGCAUCUGUGAGGUCUUUGUGUCGACUGCUUUGGCUGCACAAGCGCCGUGGGCUGCUUCACACUUGCUCCGUGAAAAAGAUUUGAGUUAUUCCCGGACUUUGCAAGAACAUGUACUCGAUAUAAUUUGCAGCGCACAUUACUCUGCUUCAUGUUCAACUUCAAAAAACUAAAAUACCUCCACACCACCGACGUUUUCGUGCCAGUGUUGUCAACGAUGUCGUCAUCUGUUGAGCCUUCAUCUGCGUUUCUGCCGGGGGUAGCACUCAUUUUCUCUUUUUCUCACCAACAGAGCUGUCGGCUUCAUGUGUUAAAGUGCUAUGGUUGCGUGUAGCUGCAGCCUGCUACUACACAGUUGUUCACUAGUUAUUGCCCAGCCCUACCAGAAUCAGACUUAAUGUCCUUUUUGUGGUUCUUUUCAUUACUUGGAAAGUCCUCCACUCUUUUUUGACAGUACAUGAAUAUAUGGUAGAGGUUUUCAUAGGAGUAGAUGUUGCUGUUUACCCUCCUUGUUGCUGGUUCCAAUAUACCUCAUUCUCUAUAAAAGUGAGUUCUCACUGUGUAGUGCAGAGGUUCAUUGUUUUGCUCUAUGCAAAGUUUUGCUCCACUUCAAAGUGCCACAGGUCCAUUCGCAUUCAACUCUGUUUCCCCUUUGAUCUGUUCCUCCUGGCAGGUCUAUGCCUGCGCCCUCUCCCCAGCAUCAAAUAACAUCACAUGUCAUUUCUCUGACAAUCCUUUGACCAGAAUAUUCGGCUCAGAGUCUCUGCCAGCACACUUAAUCUUCCCUCCACACUCUUGCCUUAUUCCUCUGCUGAUGGAAAUGAGACCUCUCGUGGAUUGCCUUCACUUUGAGUUCAGACUCUGCAGUUUUCUUUGCAGAGUAAUUUCCUUCUCUUUUGUUUUUCAUAGGGAGUGUCUCAGUUCAUAUAUUUAAAUUUUCUCUCCAAGGAACAUAAGAGGGUUUUUAAGAGGCGUUUUUGUCUCUCUCGAUACCAGAUUGAGUUUUAUACAAUUGUCAAACAUGACAGUUUCCUAAGGUUCAAAAAACAAAUAGGUGAUAGGAAAACGCUUGGAUUCUGUUGCAUUUUUAACUGGCUAAAAACAUGUUAUCAUACUGCAUUACUUCAAGUUGCUGAGCUGUUGUCUUAUAUGACUAAAAUGUAGCUGUGAUAAUAUGCCAGCCAUAUUUAAUCAGACACGUACAUGUUUCAAAAGAAUUAAGUGGGUGGUUGUGCAAAAACUUUUAAGUGCUGAGUCAUGUUUUAACAUUUAACCUAUGCUGAAACUUACUUUGACUAAAUUUGCAUAAUUGAACUCGUGUAUUAUCCCACUUUGGUCAUUACUCCGCUAUGUAAACAUACCCUGAUUAAAAAGUGAACUUGAGACUCAUAAAACAGUAUGACCUUUAUAUAUAAUACAUGCAUACAAAGUCAGGUCCCUUUGAAUCUUCUCUAAUGUGGAAAACCCAACAAGUUAUGUCUCGAUUUUUCUAGCAUCACUGAUGUUUACAACUUCCUUACCACUUUCUAACCACAUGUAUUCUGAUAUCUUGAUAACGUCUCUUGAUAGGGGUCUCCUGGAAGUUUUGCAACUUGACUUCAUCCCGAAAGACGUCUCUGAGCAGAUUGAGAGUCAGGUUAUUUCUUGGCGAUUGGAGCUGCCGGGUAACGUCAAGGAUGUGGGGACGAUGCGGAUCUACACGACUCGGAAAGACUAUGUGGGGCUGGCACCGCUAGUCACGGUGAGGACAGAAUACCUUUUUAUUUCUGUAUUGUUUGAAACGAGAUUUCACAAAUGUCAAAAACUCCUCACAGGAACUUUAUCGACAGUUAAAGACACUUUAAACUUUAACUGCCUGAUAAUUCUCUAUACAAAAAACUAAGAUGAGGUUAUAUCACUAGAGGUUUACUCAAUUUAUGUGCAAUUUUUCUCGUUUCAAAAUGUCAGUAUUUGCAAAGAAAAGUGCAGCAUCUCUGGGUCCUUUGCGCAGAUGUUUUAGGCUCAGUCACGCCAUCUGGAUUUGUUUUAAGUGGGUCUUCUCAUAUUAAUGUCAUCUCAUUUGCACGCUUCCACUGUAUGAAAAAGGCGAAAAACAUGACAGCUCCCAAGAAAACAAGGCAGUACUUUUGGUGCUACCCCUGCUGUCUGUUGGCAGUAAAGGUCAUGAGCCCUCGUCUCUGUGUUAACAGAUGGGACGGCAGUCAGACUCCGGGAUCUAGAUAUAUGUCAUCAGAUUUUUGGUCACACAUUGGUUCUCAUCUCACAGUUAAUUCUUAUCAUGUUGAUUUACGACCAAGAGUUCAUUUUUCCUAAUGUUUAGUUUUCACUUGUUUACCGAAUUUCCCUUGGGGAUAAAUAAAGUAUUUUGAUUCUAACGAUUGAUUCGUCAUGUGAUGUAGGGUAAAGUCAUGAAUGACAGCUUUGUUUGCAAAUGCAGCGGUGUAGAGGUGGAACAGGGAGAGCAAUCACGACAGAAAUCUACUGAAAAAUAACUAAACUCUAUAAUAUCUGCUUUAAAACUUAUAAAAAUGAUACUGUGUCGUAGACCAGGAGAAUAAAAAUGAAAAAAAAAAUAAAAAAACAUGCACACAUCCUUUCUGCCCAAAGUUGGGUGGGUGCUGGACCAAAAAAAAGAUUUAUUAAUUGAAGUUACAUCACUUUACAUGACGUCAUCUGAGGAAAAGCCUGCGUGCUCAAAAGGUCAUGUAACUUUAAUAAAUCUUUUUGCAUUGCAUUCUGGUGUUGCAAACUUUCUUCGGCCUCUCAACUGCAGGCAUGCAAAAACACGUCAGCCAAACAUCCAUAUUCUUAUUUAAGAAGAAGGAUACAGGUAGUCCUUAUGUUUAGACUGAAGCAGUGAUUGGACUGUGUACAAAGUAGACACAAAGGUGAUUCUGUAUACAUUAUAUACUGGUACACAGCUUAUGAUACUGAAUUGAACUAGCUUGCAAAAGAUGCACGUUUUGAUCUGCAUGGUUUUAUUUCAAAUGCAAUGGCUAUUUAACUUAGUACUUUUACAAACAUGUAUAGAAUAUUCAAGUUUCAUCUUGAGAAAUAAAGCUGGUAAGAUAGAGCUGAAACUGCAGUCCUUUGAGUGUCUCCAUGAGGUAGCCUUCAAAAGCACCAUGAGUCCCACCCAUUCACCUUCACAGCAAGAACAGACUUGCUUACAGCCUGAUUCAAAAGAUGGUUUUGGUCUGGAUUGACAAUUUCUCACUUUAUAUUUAGGAUAUUUAGGUCAUGAGUUUUGCAUUAUCAGAGGCAUGGUUAAAACUUUGAUCUUGAUUAGUUAGAUUGGGCAGCAUUUCUGAUAUGACAACCGCUGACAACUGAAUUCAGAACUCUUCCUCAAAAGCCAAUAUGCAAAAACAUCGAUACUACGUCUGUGUAUUAUACAAUCUAUGCUCAUGACCCCUUACCGCCUCUGUACUUAAUGAAAACCUGCCGUUUUAUUUGGAUCUAAACAUGUCCCCUGUGAGAGGUGUUAUCAUGAUGAGUCAAUGUUUCACUCACACCUUUAUUUGGGUUUUUGAAUAAAAUGAUCUGCCCCUAAACAUCACCUGAGAAAAAAAAGACAGUUUACUUCAGGGAGUUAUUUGUUUUGACAUUUAACCAACAAUAACCAUCAGAGUAAACAUUUAUACUCUUAUCCUUUGCUUGACUGUUGUUAUGGAAAAGAACAAAGAUAUUACAGCGUGGCAUUUAGUUUCAUAUCUCUUAAUUUUUCAGCAUUUAUAUUACUACUAUGCAAUUGUGUUGAAGACCUUUAAAAUAUGCAGCUUUCAGCAGAAAUACCAGGUAGAUACAUCACUAUCUUUGUCCUGAGAUUCAAAAGGUUAUUUCAUGGUACAAUGGUCAGCAUGUCUCCAAGAAACCGUAGGGAGGAGAGAUGUUUCAUUUGAGUCAGAGAGGAAGCUUUUUGGAUUGCAUAAAUAUUUUCUUCUUUUUCAGAGAAAUCGCUGAGGCUUAACAUUCAUAUUUAUAGCUGAGCAUAAUUGCAACGCCGCCCUAAUGUGAACCCUCUGCGGGCCCCUGUAAAUAUAACAAUGUUUUUUAAAAGAGAGGCAGAUUUAAGCAAGAGCUAAACCAUUUGAGCUGAGCUUGAUCACCGCUGUGAGAUUACUGCAGAGCUGGCAGAGACGUUGGACGUCAGCGCCCCUCAGCGUGGUGCUGCCAGCACGGCGCAGCGCUGAUAUUGCUCUGAUUUUGUCUCUACCCCUGUGAUCCCGUGGCUUAUGUUUGGGUCAGUGUUGCAGUCUGAACUAGAGCGUGUCCUUUUGGAAUUGCGGUCAGCAGCUGUCAAGCCGACAGAGUUCAGAGUUUGAAGCUGCGGGGAAACAUCUGCCUGCUGCUUUAGACUACAAGCAUCAGUCGGUGGAAAAAAAAAAAAAAAAACACUGAUCAGCCAGAGCGCAUUACAGACCCACUGCUGCUACCUAUAAAAGAUACAAAAAACUGGAUGAGGUUUCUUAUUAACUGGGAAGUAGUCAUAAUCCCUGCAUGGAGGAGUUAAGUCUAAAAAUAAAUCUUCAUAGGGCUUGAUGGCAACCUGUUGGAUGUAUCGAAGGCUGAGCUACAAGUUUAGAUUCACAGGACAAGGUUGGAAAAUGGAUUGGAGGAUUAGAAAUGUAAUCAGGUUAAGGUGUUUGAGAGGUGAUCUACGGUUUGUAUUAAACAGUUUAGCAGAGGAUUCAUUUUUUUCAGGUGUGUGUUUGUGUGUUUGUGAAGGACACACAGGCCCUGAUAUUUUUUUUUGCACAUCUGUCCAGUUGUGUGUAGUUGUGAGUGUUUACUUGGAGGGAUUUGAAUGAAUCAAGGUUUCUCGUCUGUGUUAAUCCCUGUUAGACUUGCUAACACCGUCUGCAUGUUAUCCCUGCUUCCUCUCGAAUGAUUGAACUCUGCGUUACAGACAAGUAGGAUCAUACAAAUGUGUGUAAGGUCAACUUUCUCCGUUACAACUCAGAGUCAGAAUCAGAUUUUUAUCCUGGGGGAAAAUUUGGCGACUGCUAGUUUGGGUCAGGGGCAGGUCAAGCUGAAUGAGCAGACAGACUGUGAUAUCUCAGAAAAUGAAAAUAUAUUUAAUGCUGAAAUGUCAAAUAAGCUAUACUUGGGCUUUAUACCUGAGUGUGGCAGCAAGGUGUAGAUAUUAUGUGUGGGAAACAGUAAAAAUUCACCUCUGUGAUAUUAAUCAAGAGGCAGACACCACCCUGUUGAGUGAGCAGCGUCUUUGUGAAAAUGAGGCCAUGUGUGCUGCUCUGCAUACAGAGAUGGGCGGCACUGGGUGUAAUACACUUUUGUAAGCAUCAAGGACAACUUGUAUUUGUUAUUUCUGAAAAGAUUAUAUCUUAUUGUCAGCCCGCUGUUUGGCUGUGUGAGCACAGUGUGAGUGAAACCAGACAUUUCUUCAAUUUCAAAUCUCUUGUUUUUUUAAGUACAAAGUUCAGAUAAAAAUAUUAUACUUUAGAAAUGUUUAAUAAACUUAAAAUGAACAUAAGCAAUGUGCCCCCAUCCCAAUAUUUAUGCUCAACUGAUAGUCCCCCAUGCUUCAACAUGGCCCCUAAUGUCCUCCACAACCCAGACAAGAAGAAAGAUGGCCAACAAGAGGGAAUUACAUCACUGAGGUUUUCAAGUGAGCGCCCCUCUUCAACAGCGUUACGUCAAGUUUGGACCACAACACCUUGUUGAAGCUCAACAGUUAGCUCUAAAGUCCCUCUACUCCCACACAAACUCACUCUCAAAAAAGGAAAGAAAGGGAAAAAAAAACACACCAGAGUGGAGGGUCUGUAGAGAGGUGUUAGGAAAUGAAAAGGGAAGAAAAAAACGGAGUAAGAGGUAGGGCUGGGCGAUAAACAGAAAAUAUACCGAUACUGAAAUUUAAGACAACAACCAACGUCAUUUUGCCCAUAUCAGUAUAUUUGGUGUCAAAAAAAUAAAUAAAUAAGAGUUGGUUUUGGAUGUGUGUAGGUAGGCUAUGGUCUCAUGUCCCUUUAAGACGCUGUUCUACAUCAGAGACAUGACUCCACCCCAUCCAGUCCUUAACAAAGAGGGAAAGACAGGUGAGGAGAUGGAGGACAGUUCAAAAGUUGUAGCAGCUUGAGCAGCAGCUGAAGUAAACAAAGUUAAUGUUGGAGGGGGUGAGCAGCUUGUGGAGUGGUUAUCAUCAAUUUAUCAUUAACAAGGUGAACUGCUCAAUAUAUUGUGAUAUUGAUUUGAGGCCAUAUCACCCAGCCCUAGUGAGAGGCAUGUUUGGUCUGGGCCUAAACCAGCCACAAUGCACUGUGUCUUACAUAUUUUAUGGUCAAGAGAGGAAGGAGGCGAGAAAAGGUGGUGAUAUGGUGGAGAUUGGUGUUAAAGAGAGGACACAGACACAGUGUUGAUAUGUUUUAAUUUCUUCCAUAUAACAAACAGCACAAAGGUUAAUCUAAGCCUCGCACCCUCAAAAGAAUUGUACUACAGCUCAUAUUUCCUCAAAACUACCGUCGCCUGGUCAUUUCAUCACACUUUAAAAACUAAAGUGCUGUCUGUUCUUUUGUCACAGAGCUCUGAUAUCAUCAAUACGGCAGUGCUGACGGGUAAAAUGGUGUCUGUCCCUGUGAAAACUCUGGCAGUGGAAGCUGACGGCUCUGUCACUGAUGUUACCAACUUCACCAGCUGUAAGUCUACAGAGGACAGUAUACUUAAGGUAAGAAAAUAGAUCCGCAAUGACAGUUGUAAAUACAUGUACGAAUGGACUGUUUAAAAAAAAAAAGAUGCAGAUGUUGCCAAGAACCAUAAACCAAAGUUUUAAAAUAUUUUAUUCUUUGUGAUUUGUGAUAAUCUAUAAUUUAUUGAAAUCAAGUGCAAUCUCAUGCCAACUUUGUAGCAUUCAAAUCUUGCAGAUUUUUACUUGGAGACGUUUUAAAUAAAGUUCUGUGAGUGAAUUACUGCCAGAGCUGGGCAGCCUGAUCAUAAAGUAUUCUCUGUGUAUGCGAACUUGCAUAUACUUGCAUACAUAAUAUACAUGAUGAGCUGACUUUGUUUUAUAAAAGUGGAAAACUUACUCUUUUACUUUCUCUCUUAAGAAAGUUUUAUAACUGUAUCUAAUUUCAGUAAGAAAUUAAAAUUAAUUAUUUAGGCCUCAUUUCCAUACAAAGUGCUUUUGUUGAAAGUUUGAUAAUUAUUAAUAUGAAUUUGAAAACAUUAAAAAACGAUAAGUAAUUUAUUUUGGGGAGUUUAUAACUUCAGAAAAUCCACUGUCAAUGUGCCGUCUCACUCAACAGGUUCUUUGUGUAUGUGAGUGAGCAUUUGGUGUGUGUGUGUGUUUCAGUGUAGUGGUUAAAAGCAGGCUCCAUAUGGCAUUAGCGACAGGGCUCAUGAUCCCAGCACUCAGUCCAUAAUCACAGUGGUUUGACCUUUGUGUAAUGGAUCCAUGUCAGUGGGGCAGUGGUGGCAGAGUCACAGCCACAGAGGAGAGAAUAACAGAGAAGGUGGAAAGGAUUUAGGAUACUGUUUUUCCAUUAGACGACAUGGCAAGCGUGAAUGUGAUGCAGUGUUGGAGCUUUAGAGGAGAAGACAGGACCAAAGAGAUGAGAAGACAAUGUGAGAUGAUUUUCUGUGUCAGGAUCUAAGAUUAGUUAUUGUCUCUCUGGAAUUUUCCCUUGUGGGACUAAUAAAGGAGUGUCUUAUCUUAUCUCUUAUCUGAAUGGUCUUGUCUACUUCUUGUGGUCACUUACUGCUCUUUGGGCACCUGUUGGAUGAUGUUAAAGCUUGAAAUCACAGCCUCCACCUCUCAAACACCAACUACAACUGGAAAUCUAUUGUAGCAACUAUUUCAUUACAACCACAUCUUUAAAGUUAAAGGGAUAUUUCAGUGUGAAAUUAAGUUACCAAGUGCAGCGGAUCAUUUCCUUGAAGUAAUAAUCAUCAUAAUAAUCAUUUUGCACUGCAGACGCGGUAGUUCUUCUGUCUUAGAAGUAAUGAUCAUAAAUGUUGUUCCUUGAGCUGCGAAACUCCGCUGCACUCAGUGAUCAACUCGUCAGGGCUACCCCACAAACAAGCGGCUGCUGGAGGAGAGUGGGUGAGUUGUGUUUGGUCUCUUUGCUAAAGAAAUUAGGCAAAGCUAAAAAGAUGUUUGGUGGCUAGUCCUAUGAAGUUAGGUGUUGUUCUGAGCAUUAUUUGUGGCUAUAGAGUGGUGUUUUGGUUGAGGUUUGCGCAUGGCUCCGUAGACCGCUGUGUAUUGCUAUCAUGCGGUUGUUACUUAAGUUGGUAUAAUUAGAGAAGCAAGCAGUCAGCAACAUUCAUCUCUGGAGGGGAUGUCUAACUCAAUGUUAUGGUGUGUUUGACCACAACUUAAAUUUAUGCAGGAAUAUCCCUUUAAGAUGCAUCAUGACACUUAAUUUUCUUUCACAGACCAUGCACAGAAAGAGUGUGGAAAUAUUCAUGCUGUGGUUGUAUAAUGAACUCUAUUGGAGCUGGUGUUUGCUGCAAGUCAUGCAAGAACCUUGUAUCUCAAUAUUCCCUCAUUUAAUUAAUGCUUUUGAUUUGUCUUAAUGCCUUCAGUGGGUUUUAAAAUAUUUAAUGGAUGAAAAGUCUUUAAAAAAGCUUGAGGGUGAAUCUCUUGCAGUUUUAGACAAAAUAUUGUAGAACACAGUGCUGCUGGAGAUACAAGGUUUCUGCCUGAUGAAGACAAUGUGUUGAUUAAUAGGAUUAUUUUGGACCACAUAAUGAAUCUGAGUUUAUUAUUCACUCCUCCUCACCAGUUUCUGAAAAGUUUGAUACUCUUGCAUAACAUUUGAACAGCUGCAUAAUUAUGUAUAACUGCACAAGUUCACAUAAAACUUUGAUAAAAGAGGGUUAAAAAACAUCCUCACUUCACUCAAAAAGACAAGCAGACAGUGCUGAAAUUAAGGACCAAAAACUAGAGACUGCAGAAAGACUUUAAGAAGUUGUGGUGUUUUUGCUUGAUUUUUUGUUUUUUUUUAGAUGUUUUUUGUAGUGUUUUCUACUUUAAUUGGAAAUCUGCUAAAGACAUCAGAGACCAGACCUUUCUGAAUCACAGAAUAAAGUCUUCACCGUCUGGUCCCUCUUGACAUUUUCAGGAGUUCAAGUUGACUUACCUUGGAAGUCAUUCCCCCCCUCUGCAUUUGCCUCCUCUUUUUUCCUCCUCCUCCUUUUUACCGUCCUUCUUUCCAGUGCUUCACUCUAUUCUCCAGUCUAGUGCCCUCCAAUUACCUCUGUGGAGCCACUGGUUUCUUAAGAUAAGUGAGGCGGGGGUGGAGAUAGGCUCUCCAAUCUCAAAUAAAACACACCAACUGCUGUGUCUCACCUCAUUGCUCUGACUGGUGGGGACCACAAUGCUCCCACCUAUGGUACAGCACUAUAGGAAGUGGCGCAAAGCAGAGCUGAUUUAUAUUCUGGGGCUGUUUCAUCCAGACCGCAGCCCUGAAUUUACAUGACAUAAACAGAAACAUUGUGCGGUUCCCUUGCCACACUGGAAGGAGGGUAAAAUGAAUAUAAAGUGUGUGUGUGUGUGUGGUUUUAGCUUAUUGGUAUUGGUGCUUCUCUUCUCCCCACUACUCUUUUUGUCAGUUCUUACUAAAACUUUCCUCUUUAUUUUCCUCUGGGCUUUAAAUUGAGUAAGUUGAGUCCAAAUCACUUGACAACAGUUCAAGCAUACUCCACUCUGGUUAUUUUAAAGUUUAACUAAACUUUUUAAAAUCACUCUCUCGCCCUACAUCAAAAUAUAUUUUUUACGUGACAGAGUGGCAGUAAAGCAAGUUUUUAAACUGGGUUUUUACAUGAGCUCCAUUAUAAUUAACACUUUCUUUUCCAGGUUUCAGAGGGAUGUGAUUAUGUCUACGUGAACGGGAAGGAGAGACGGGGGAAGACGAAGGUGAUGCUCAACUUCACUUAUGGAUUCCUGAGUGCCCAGUUGGAGAUGAACUCUUGGGUGCCCCGCCUGCCCUUGCUCAUUGAUGUGGCCGACCCUGAGCUCAGCCAGAUCAAAGGCUGGAGAGUCCCUGUAACUACAGGGAACAGGAGGUAAGGCUGGAGCAGGUUUGUUUGGAACGGUCACAGUUGUAAAUAGAUGUACAAUCCUUGGCAGAGGUCCUGUUAGCUGGACUCUGCAGGUGCCCGGUCAAUGGAUUUAAUAUCAAACUGAAAUAACAACAAUGGCAUUACAAAUUGAUUUUAUGCAUGUGUCACACUGCAUGGAAAGUGAGCGCUGUGGUAUUUUGAAAACUCCUUUCGUCACCAAAGUAGAUCAAUGAAAAGUUAACACCAAGUCAAUUUCAUGCAAGGUUUUGCAGUCCUAGUAAAACUGUUUUGUUUUUCAGCCAAUGUUAAUGUUAAUUAAUUCACAAUUAAAGACAAAUUUACAUUUUUACAGUGGGUAUGAUAAAGGCUCACUGAUAUCAUUUUUCAAAGUCAGCUCUUUGCAGUUAGCCUACAUAAGGCUGGGGGAUGGUGGCUGAGGAGGGCCAACCAUCUGCAAUGGUCUGAACAAUCCUCGUGAGGAGAAACAUGUUUUAAAUGUAGAAACAACUCAACUUAAAAAAAAAAAAAGUGCAAAAGUCCAAAACAAACACAACUGUUGAAAAAAAAAGUGCUGCAAGAUGUCAACACAACUGCAUGAAGAGCAAAAGUGCUACAAAUACACAAAUGACCUGAAGCAAAAACACAAAAACAUACAAACGCAGAAAGCAGCUGCAAAGAACGAAAUAAUAAAAGUGCUCCAGGUCUGUGGGGGUGCUCAUUGACAAAGCAUUAUUAAUGAGAUAGAGAAGACCAGACUCGGUUGAACCCAAUCAGAUCUGGGUGUCUCUUAUGACAAUACAGCAGUGUUAUCACCUAGCUAGUGUCUUGCGCAGUCUAAGAGUUGUGUGGGGGUGUUUAGGUCUGGGGCACAAAGCAACAACUCAGAAAAGUCUUGGAUUGAAAAAGUUACUGGAGUAUUUUAAAGUUAUGGCAAAUGAGUUGGGAGGGGUGCUCACAAGUUGGCUCAGUUAAUAGCGAUCUCAAAUAUCCAAUCAUUCAUACUGCAGCCAAAAGAUUUCCUGAUUUUGACAGCAGGGAUGGAGAAGGCACCGUGGGGAUAGGAGAUGGACAGGAGGGCUGUCAGGUUCAGUUCUCCUCCUGUCACUGGAGAACUGUGUGUUGAUUGAGCAGCAGCCCUGGGAUAACUGCAGUCCAGCCCUGAAAAAAGUUAGGCUGAGCUGCAGGGUGCAGCUUCUCCCUGCUAGUCAUAUGGCUAGUGGUAAAUGAAGCUCUGAAAACUUCGGUAUGUUGACUUUGAGGCUCCUCAAGCUGCUUACAUUAGCCCCAAACACCUGAAGCAGGCACGUAGACCCCCACUCAGGUUUCCCAGGGUGAGGAGAAUUAUUACUCCUGACAUCCCUACCUCGUCUUCUCCAUUACUACUGUCAGAAUCCAGUUGGAUCUCCUGACUACUGUGAUUUUAGUUGCUCUACGAUAUCAAACUGUGCAACCUUCCUUAGACAGUUCACUUCUUCACUGUCUAAGUGGCAAAGCUGUGCCACACAGCGCCCCCGCAGGCCAGGAGUACUUCAAUUUUAUCAUUAUUUGCAAUUGCAUUCUGCAUUUGUGGUUUUUGUUUGGUGUCAUUUGUGUAUUUGCAGUGUUUUUUAUGCAGUUCUUUUGCCAUUUUGCAGCACUUUUUUUAAAUUAGCAGGGCGUUUUAACAGUUUUGACUUUACUUUUUCCUUGUCUUAAUGCAUGUUUUGGGGUAAAAGUUUUGCAUGCUGUCACCUAUUUUUUUCCACAUUCAAUCUUGUGAUAAUCUUUGAUGGGGUCUGAGAGCUGUGUACUGGUCUGAACCCGCCAAAGGCACCUUUCCUUGUCAGAUCAAUUCAAAGUUUAUCUGCUGUCAGAAAAUGAGGUGUUGAUUUGCUGCUCCCUGUUUUAUGAUUUUCUAUUUUUUAAUCUUUAGGCUCAGGGUCAUAUCACUCAAAGUCAAAAAAGUUGAAGUACAAGUCCUGUGAAAUGAGCUCACACCUCUGGUAAAAUGGACUGAUAUGAGAGAUGCAGUGAAAAUUGAAUUACAAGAGUCAUAAAGGAAAUGCUUCUUUUAUAUGGUGCUUCCUGACAGGUGAAUUAUUUUAGGCUGUUUAACCAGGAAGCAGACAAUCAAUUGCAUAUGCUGAUAUAGAGUAUUGUUGGUACAAAGGUAAAGGAAUAGGGAGCCAACGUUUAUAAAAGGUGUGAUGAUGUACCUAUAGAAAGUUUAUAGCCGGUUCAUGUCUGCACAGUGUCGGUGAGUUGAGAGUGCAUCUGCACUGUGCCUCUCAUGUAGGCGGCCAUAAAAACAUCACAUCUGUUUGUAACAUUUGUGGGUAGAAGCCUGCAGAAGCACCGCAGUUGCCCUGCAGAUAAAGGUUAGUGGGUUUUCACUCAAUACUUACAGUACAGUCAUUAUUUUACACUCAAUACUAAUGAUGAUGGCUGGCUGAUGGGCUGUUAGUUUUUUUUUCUCCUGUGUGGCUUCAUUUCCCCUCAAACAUUCAAUACCCGGCUGCAGAUGUGCACAGAUACUAGGUCAGAGAUGUGGGGAUUGAAAUGGCUGGCUUGAACUCAGAAAUGAAGGCCAUGUACGCACGUAGCCGGGUAUUUUUACAAACGAAUAUCCAACCCCCUUCAUUUUACAAAAAAAAAGUCACACACAUAUCAUCAUUUUCAAAUAGAAUCCCAUCCACGCAAAACUGCAUAAGUGUGCUACUGACCACAGUUAUGAGCACGCCAGACCUAGAGUUGGUAGUAUUUGCCAAAAAGUUAGAUCCAUCCAAUCAGACCAAGCUUACCUUUCUCGUUGCUUCUGCAAACAUGAAACAUAGCUCUGUGUAGUUUGUUCAUGUGGACCGACAAAGAGAUGGAAUUGCUUUUAAGGAUCGUUUUGGUGUAUGAAGUCAACAAGACACAAGAAAGGUGGAAAGGAAAAGGGUUAUUUGGUGUAGAAUAACCGACUGCAAAAUACUCCUUCUCCUUUGCUCCUUACAAAAAUAUAUAUUCUGUAUAUAUCUGUGCUGCUUCGUAUAUGACAUUUAUUCAUUAGUUGUCGCGGACACUGACGUUUGGGAAUUUAAAACUCCAGUUAUCUAUGUCCACACACAAACGCAAAAUAUGUCCACAUACAAAUGCAAAAGUUUUAUAAAAUCUUCACUAAGGCUGGAGUUUUCUAAAAGCACUCAUUCAGCUUCGUGUGGAUGACAGGUCGAGUGGUACAAAAAUAUAUAUGUGUUUUAGCAGGUACUCGGCUACGUGUGUACAUGGCCAAAGAAGAGCUGAAAUCACUGUGCAACAGUGAUUUCUGGUUUCAAACUUUAAGCUAAUAUGGAAAAACUUAAAUUGUAAAUAAAACUUGAACAUACUUAGACACACUUCUUCUUUUCAAAGCUUUUUCUUUAUAUAUGUCUAUUGGGUAGAAAUAGACUCAACCACUUAUACUUGGUCAAAUGUCAUAGAGUUCAGCACUGUUAAUAAAGGUGGAGUUGUAAUGUCAAUUAGUAUUCUGGCGACCUAAUAGAGACUAUUGAGUCACUGAGUUAAGUAUAGAAAUGUGAUGUCAAAGUGAUUUCAAAGGCACAGUAAUUUAAUUACACCAAUUACAAGCUUUUAAAAAUAACCUAGUUAGUCUAGUUUAUUUCCAGACAGUUAAAGACGGGUUCAUUAUCAUCAAUCUCCAAUCAUUUGACAAAAGGUUUAGUUGCUAUCAAGAAUUGAGUCAUACCUUUACAAUUCAAGCAGCAUCUCCAUCACAUGCUAACUUCCCACCUCAGGCUAUAUAAUAAUGAUGUUUAUUUGGACUGUAGCUCUUGACUGAAGCUCUCCGCCUGCUGUGUGAAAAAAAUAUCCAGCAGCCCUCCAGCACACCUGCAGUGUGGAGCGUGGUGACCCAGCUGUGCUUAUGAUAAUUAUAUGAUCAUUGCUGAGGGGCUUGAGGAUGGGUUGCAGCUUAACCUCCAUCACCUGCAAAUAAAACAGUCAGCCGUGGAAACCUGGUUAAUUUACCUUAAAUUCAUUUAACAGGAAAGGUCACUCAUGAAUGCUUUGUGCCUCCACAGUUUCGGCGAAAGCACAGCUGCUCCCUUUUUGACUUUAGUAUCUCUUUCUCAGCCAAAAGGAAGCAAAAGUAUGAAAAGGUUAAUAUAAUUCAGCUCUGCUAUCGUUUACAGGAUUAAAUUAGGAUGUGAUAUUUGUAAGCUUUGAGACCUGCAGAAGAUCUACUGAGUAUUAUUUUAAAAUUCACUAUUUGUUUUGGAGGGUUAAGGCCACACUGAUAAAUCUUGGUCUGAUUUGGUAAAGAAAAACACCCACAACUACUCUCAACUCAGUUUAUGCAAAGUAUUAAUUUACAAUAUCGUGUUAACUCAGCGUCCAAGAGGGGCUUUUUUUGCAUCUACUAGUGUCUUAGUCACAAUAUCAUAAAAGUUGUGCUUAUGUCUCUAUAUAUUGCUUGAAACUGUCAAAAAAUACGUGACUCUUUGUGUCUCUUUACUUCUGUGUUUAAGGUCGACAUGGGACAGUGAAGAAGAAGAGGAGAUGAGGAAGGGCAGGGGUUGCAUGCUUCAGUACCAGCACUCAACACUUCGGGUGCUGACACAGUUUGUCGCUCAGUCUGAUGCCGAUGUGCUGCCUGAUCAGCGAGGUGGGGUGGAGCCUGUGAAGUACUUCCCGGGUCCUGAUUGGAAGGUAAAUUAGAAAUCUUAUUGAUAUGAUCGCUGUCACUGGCAGAAUUGAUGUGAUCCUGUCAUAAAUACAUAUACAUUUUACUGAUUAUGUCUGGAGCAUAGACUGUACAUAGAAUAGAUGCAGUAUGCCUCCUUUCUGGGUGAAGCCCCCACGAGAACAGCACCCUCUGGUGACGGGCUGCAGUAUAGGUUAUAAAUCCCGCCUCCUCCAGUAAUCCCUAUGGAGCUAUGGACAAAUUUAGAAAUUUAUUACUCAGAAUAUAAUUUUUUCUUCCCCCUGGUUGCGAUGUUGACAUGCAGUUACUGUAAGACUGGUUUGUGCUCAGUUUUUAUUUUAGUUAUUUGGAGGUUCAUGUUUUCUAUGAUUGACACUUGAUACGGCCUAUGGGUGUACAAAGAUGGUGUAGCUCACCGGGGGGAUACGCUGUUUUAGCCGAGUGCCAUCACAGCAACUCACAGUGACUCUUCCAGCGAAUGCGUACAAUGCUACUGUGCGAUGUUGGUUUCAGGAAGUAGAGAAAAAACCUGGAAAUACCGAGAGCUUUUUGGCUUCAAAGAAUUUUAAGUACAAAGUGGCUUGGUUUAACAAUAAUACUGAAAUAUAAACAUGAUUUCUGAUUAUUUAAACAUUUUAUUCUCUUUUUUUGAUGUGACUGACAGGUGGAUGUAACUAAUCUGGUCCGAAGUUCACUCAAAGUGACAGAUCCUGAAAUAGCCAGGGUGCAGGAUGGGGCAGUGCUGCAGGGACGGGCAGUUGGCACCACUGCUGUGCAGGUAAGCCAUGAUGUGUUGGUGUUAGUGUGUUUUAGUGGUUUUCGCUGUUGCUUGCUGUAACUAUACAUAUCCCACUGCAGUUUUUCUAAGAGGUUCCACUUGUUCCAGGUUGUGUCUCCUCUGUCCUCGUCAGUCCUGGCUGAAAGGAGCAUUAGGGUGGUGGAUGAUAAAGUGAGCUUGACAGAGCUGGGGGUGCAGUUGGUGUCCGGGCUCUCUCUGUCCCUGAAGCCCAGUCCAGGGAGCAAUAGGGCCUUUGUUGCCAUGGCAACCACGCGGGAGAUGAUCACGCAGCUCAAACAGGCAAGUGACUGAAAAGCUGUAACACAAAACGCAUAAAAGUGUGGCACUUUGCAGUUUAGGGGGGGUACUCAUCUAUUUUUAUGCCUUUUGGUUUAACACUCACUCAUUUUGAAGUUGUGGAGGACCAUCUAACAGAAUAUGAAAAUCAUUUGACACAGAAAAAAUGAGGCAGGGAAUUACUAGGGAAAUCAUCAAACCAUAAUAGGGUUAUAUUAGCCACGUGAUGUUCAGCACUAUACUCUGUCACAGCUUUAUCAAUUCAAUUCAACUUUAUUUGUAUGGCACUUUUCAUACAAAAGGAGAUGAUAUUCAAAGUGCCUCACAGAGGCUAAAAACAACAAUAAAGAUACACCCACCCACACACCCAUGGACCCACACGCACACAGAGACACUCACCCACACAUACACACACACACACACAACCACACACAGUGUGAGAAUUUAAGAUAAAAUUUUAAAGAGACAUGGCCUGACACCGAGACAUUACAUGAGGAACGAGCUACCUUUAGGAAACACUGGAGAUAAAAAUAAAGAUAGAAAAGGUGAAAAGAGUAAAACAUGAUGGAUUCAAAUAAGAAAAUAAUAAUAAUAUUAAAUGAACAAAAUAAAAUAAUAAUUACAAAUAAUACAGUAAAAGAAGGAAAAACCUGUAAUAAUAAUGAAUAGAAUAACAUAAAAUAAACAUUAAGAACUUUGAUUAAAAUUAACAUUUGUAAUAAGAGAAAUCUAAAAUGGCAGUUAGUAAAAAGCUUGGUUAAAAAAGUGAGUCUUGAGCCUCUUCUUAAAAAUAUCAACAGUCACUGCGGCCCUAAGGCUCUUCGGCAGGCUGUUCCACAAAUAAGAAAUGACAGUCAAUGUAAAGUAAAAAAUCCCUGUGUUUAUAUCUGAUCAAUGAAAAACUGUUCACCAAGGCCUUUUCCCAAGCUCAAGGACUAUCAGAUUUUUCCCUUUAAUCUAACUGUUGUUCGCUAUUCAUGUUCUUAAAUCAGACAUCAUCCUUUGGUAAACAACAUAGGGAUCAGUAUCAAUGUCCACAGUUGACACAGCUUUAUAAUACUGAAGCAUAAGUCGUCAUCUUGUCAUCACUAUGCAUUCAAAUCUCUAUUUAAAUAGCACAAAUGUUCUCCUCCCACUUGACAGAUUUCUCAACAAACAGAGCCUGCUCAUGUUUAAGGAGGAAGCUGCUUUACUGCUGCAGCCACCUUCGUCACCCGGAAUUUGACGUCAUCCUCUUUUACAUGGUGCUAAAGACGCUCUUAGAUCCAAUUUUAGGAGCUGGGGCAUCUGGGCUGAGAUGCAUCGGUACAAAUCCAAUCGGAAAUGCAUUUAAAACCCCUCCCAAAUAUAGAUUAGACAUUAGAUUUAGAAAAAAAAUCCACUGCAUGUGUUUUACUGGCUUCUCUCGGCUAAAUCCAAAAUCAAUCUUACAGUCUGAAAUCGCCAGGAAUUGUUUAAGCGUAUUUUUACCCUCUUACCUUCUCACACAUUUUAAACUCUGAUCAACUGCCUUGAGACCACCUGUCAGUCUCAAUCUCACUGACAAGAUUUAAUCAGAGAGCUUACGUAAGAGCAAAAACACUACUCCUUUACUCUGACUGCUGUAGCCUGUGAUGGCAUAUUUACAGUUAAACAUCCUGGAUGUUCUCGGCUGUAUUUUCUGUAACUGCUCUCUUGUUGUUUUUCAGCAUAUGCACAUUUUUGCCCUUUCAUUGAGCUGCUUCUGCUUUUGCCUCGCAAAGUCUUAACAAACAAGACAGUGACGAUCCUAUUGAUUCUCAUAUUUUUGUUGUGUAAAUGUACUUUGAAUUGGCUGAUGUCUGGUAAACAACAGCAUACGUAACAAAAUCACCAGCCAGGGGUAAAAAAUCAAUAAUUGCUUUUAACUCAAGAGUCUUUUAUUUAUUUCCAGUCUGCGACAGCACCAGAACGCAGCUCUGUAGUUACCCCAACUAAGUACUUUCAUAUUGAUCCCACAGUGGAGUAAUAUUGAUGCCCAAGUGCGUCAUUCUCCUCGUUUGAUUAAAUAGCGUUGAAUUUUGACACAUUAAUUGGUUUGAUGAAUUUGUUGAAAUUAACACAAUAUUUUGUAUUUGUGCAACAACAAUAAUAAUAAGUGGUUGGAAAGAUACUGGAAGGGGAAGAAAAAUCAGAAAUUACGACAUUCAGUGAAACGUGCACUUUGGGAAGUUAGAUUGGAUGGGUUUGAUUUUAGAAGGUAAGAGGAAGCUUCAAGAGGAAUGAUGCAACUUUGAAUGAAAUACAGGAAAUAGAGGGAAAUGUCAGCAGUGACAGAGUUGGAGAUUGAAUCAUUUGAUAAUGAAACUUAUUUCUGAUCCUUUUUCAAGUUUCUCUUGCUUUUAAUCAGCACUUCUCUUGUAUCUGCAGAUCCUGAGAGUGACUCAUGUGGUCCAGCUUAAAUGCUCUGACUCCUGAUACAAUAUCUCAUUUUUCUCUAAUAAAUCUUGCCUGCCUAUGUUUUAAUGCUGUAUCGAAGUUCAAAAUGGUGCUAGUGAUGGUGGAGGAAAAAUUGCAAAUGUAGCAUAUCCCCUUAAAGACUGAUUUAACCCUGAAAUCUUUCAAUUUUAUUAAUGAAAAUAGCACUUGAUACUAGAUUGGAUAAGAUUAAGCCCCACCUGGUAAAAUCACACCUACUUCCAGAGGAGAAUUAACAGGCAGAAACCUUCAGCAGAACCAGAUUCAUGUUAGACAGUCAUCAGCCAUUACUAAUUUACCAGUAAAGUGGCAUUUAAUUGGAACACACUGAAAAUAACUGCAGUAUGAAGCAGUUGAGGGCUUUAGUUUUCAAGGACUUUAGUGCCUGAUAGCCAAAAAAGUUAAUGCAUAAACAAACUGUUCCAACUCGCACAUUUUCUCAAGCGAGGUGAUAAAAUGUUGCUGCACUGCGAAAGCUAUAAGCACCACAAAUAAUAUGAUUCAAACAGCUAUGUUGUAAACUCUCUGUGAAUGGGGUUUUGAAUCACCCUUUAAACUUUUUAUGUUGAAGUUGUGUGUUAUCAACGUAUAAGUGUUCAUUUCCCAACGACGAUAUAAUGGGCUCCUACAGAGGUUUUCUGCGAAACAGAGCACAUUUGCACAACAACAACCUUAAGGGUGUAGUAAUAUUUGUGUUUCCUCUUUGCCUCUCAGUAUGCGGACUCAUUGUGUUCACAGCCUCAACCAUCAUCUGCGGUUACCCUGCUGUUUGAGAGAGUGGGAGGGCAGACAGGGUGCCCAGAUGAUCAUUUUAAAAGCUCCCUCGCACAUUUAGCCAUGGCAGCUUGCCCGGUUAAAAACAGCUCUCUGACACAGGCAUGGUGCAACAAUUAGGCCCCUCCACAGCUACAGAGUGAUAGCUCACGUUACUCGGAGUACACUGUCACUGUGGCUGCUCUGCCCCCCUGUCAAUAACAAAACUAUUAGAACCGCGUCAGAGCAGAUGACCAGCUAAUUGUGUAGCUCAUAGUGUAAGCUGUUAAUGUUGUGCUCAGGGCGAUUUAGAAUGAAUUGUUAACCAAAAUAUGGGUUAGGUCUGUGGCCCACAGACAUUAGGAACAGGAAAUAGGUCACUGUGUAUUAAUGUGAUUGGAUUGGCUUAUCCUGCUAUUUGCAUAACCUACAAUGACCUGUGACCCCUAUUGCACUCUCUUGAUCCAUUUUGGUUAAGUUAUAAUUCAUACUGUUACUGGAAACUAUGAUACAGAGCGUCCUACUGCGAGUAAUGAGAGAGAGAUUAGCAAAGGCAGUUUAGUGUUAUUACCAAUCAUGAGAAUGUGCCGCACUGUAGGCAGGGGAUAUAUUGAUUUACUCUGCUUGUGUUUUGACCUGCUUUUGAUCACUCGAUUAACUUACCCUCUACUUUUUUUCCCCCAUUCUGAAUCCCUUUCUCUUUUUUCCUUCUUAUUUCCUUUUUUUUUUCAUUUCUCUUUUUCUGUAACAUCAUCCGCCCAACUUCCUUUUCAUUUUUUCCAUUUAUCUUGCCCACUCUGCUUCUCUCUAUCCUGUCCUUCUUCUUUCUUUCCAUUGUCUGUCUCACUUUCUCUUCUGUCACACUUUACCCCUACCUACCAUUCAUCUCUUUUUCUAUUUCCCCUGAUGGAGAGUGAGCCCAGACCUUUUCUUCUUGAAGCAGCCCUUCCCUGUUUGUCUCGUCCUCUUUCUAUGGCCUGUUUGUGCUCACUGAAUCCGUACUCGCACAGUAUCAGUUCUGUUUUCUAUCUCUGACUGAGUGGGUUAUUCAAACAUCUUAUACUCUAUCUUAAUGGAUAGAUAUCACUUUAGUCCAUUUUAGAACUAAGUUUAUUUUAAUUAGUGAUCUAAAAAUAUCUUUUUUGAUUUGUUCAUGACUUGUUUGACUCAUUUCUGUUGUUUUGAGUCAGUACGGAUGAGAGACUGAGUGUUUAAUUUCACCAUCAACUGAUGAAGGGGACUGUUUUCAGGAUUUGGGAACUCUUGUGUGCUGGGCGGUCCCCACACUUUCUUUCUUUUUUAACUAAAUCCUACUGUCUUGAUUUAUGCACUUUUCAUUUAUUUGAUUUCUUUCUCUUUCCUUACUUUUCUCCUUCUCCUUUUUUCUUCUCCUUUUUUCUGUUCCUUCCUUCCCUUUGUUCAUUCUAUCUUUCUUUCUGUCUUUUUUAAAGGCAUGGUUGACGAUCUGAGAAGCAGUUGUAAAAAACUGAGCCGGCAGAUUUGAAAAAGCGUCCCACCCUCCACAUGCAAACCUCUCCCCUCUGUGCUCCACAAUAACUCCCCUCCCAAACCUGUAUCGCCCUCCCCACGACACACCCCCUCUGACAGAGCAAGAAGCCGACCGGCAGAUGAUCCUAUGCUACCUUCAAAUAGGAUUCACCAUGUCAGAUUGUUAGUGACUGACGGCUACCGAGCACUGUCUGCAGCUGCCUGGACAGCUCCCGUGUUGACAUUGCAGAGACUAAUAAGAGUUAUUAAUGUAGCAUGAGCCACGAUAAAAGGCAAAAAUUAUCCGUUCGACAAAUACUCUGCUAUUUUGGCGUCUGUUUUCAGGCCCAAAUCCUGGCGGAGCUUUCUCCACCGCUCGAAGAAUGACCUGAUGUUUAUUCGAGUUAGAUUCCUCGCUUGGUCACAUUUCCUCUUCGACUCUGCCAUUCUUCUGUCAGCUUGCGUUUUCUCAGCAGUUUUGGCAGUGGGGCAAACAGAAGUGUUUUUUUCUGUCCUAUAUUCUGUUUUUUAAUCCCUUUUUUAUGCACUUUUCCUCAUGACUUGCUUUAAUUUGAUAUCCUUCUCUUUCUUUACUUCUCCCCCUCUCGUCUUUUCAUCCCUUUUCCAGUCUUUCAUGUCUUUCUUAGUCUAAUUUCUUUCAUUUCUUCAUUUCAGGAAGCUGUGGUGAGCUGCUGGAUUCAGUUCAGUGAUGGAGCGGUCACCGCACUGGAGCUGUUCGACCGCAGUAUCUACUCUCUGACUGUCUCCACCCCAGAUGAAGCGGUUGCCACAGUCCGUCGCACCCCCAAGUCCACAUUUGUUGUUGCGCAAGGUGAAGGUGAGGGCCGAGGGGUGGUUGUUCGAGUGGAGCUGAGAAUCUGUGAGGAAUGCCAGAAGUCCAAGAGGAAGAGCAAGUUGGCGGUGGGCACGGGGCUCCUCAGGAUCAACUUUCAGAGCGGCAGCAGAGUUGCAGCGGCAGGUGGCACUGAGGGAAAUAAAGCGUUUGAUGGUGGUGCAUCAGAAUUGGUAGGUGAGCUUAAAACAACACAACGCACUUUCACAGGCGGGGAUAAAUGGUUUUUCAGAAGCACAGCAACAAAUCAGCGAGGGACCAACCCAGUAACAACAACCACAUCCAGCCCAUUCUCGACCAGAAAUAUGCCGCCUCAUGUUGUGUGGAUCGGAACCACAACCAGAGCCACAAGAAGUAGCAUGUUUGCUGUCAGUCCCUCUUCUACAACUACAACCAAACCUAGUUUUAACAUACCACUUGGUACUGCCAGACCCAUAGUUCCCACAGUGGGUUUCAUCGGUAGAGGAGAAGGGCAGAGGAAAAGCUUUGGAAACAUGUUUGAUAACUCUGACUCACCCCCAAACAAAGACAUUCCCAAAGCAGAUAAGACACCCAAGAGAGAACCUCCUAAACCCAAAAGUCCAAAAGUUAUCGAGAGUGACCUGAUCAGGACUUUCAAAGCCAUGUCGGACUUGGAAAUCUGUCUGUAUGCUCUGGUGGGAGUCUCCUGUAUUGCUAUUCUGGCUUUUUUGCUCAACUGCGCUUCAUACAACCUCUGUUUCCGUAAUAACAAAACCCCCAUACAGGCAGGUCCAGCACCCAUUGGCACCCCAAAGGAUCACAAGCAUGAUUGGGUGUGGCUGGGGGGCAACAAUCACAGCGCUCCCCAUGCUCCAGGUGCCCCUGUCCAAAUGUCUACACUGAAACGUGAGCCCCAUCAUCCCAAGGAGCCCUGUCAUUCUGUGGACUCUGUCGGCCAUAAGACCCUGCCCACUAUAAGCACCACCAAUAUCCCUGAAAGGACUGCCACCCUGGGCCGCAGUAGGUCCAGCUCCCAGCAACAGUUUCAGAAAAAAACACUCGAUCCAAUGGUAAACCGCUCCGCCACUUUACUGGCUCGACCACAUCGCUGUGAGCCGCUUCAUUCCCCCACCAGUAAGCGGAACCAGGUCCAGUUCACCACCUUCACCACUCUGGACAUCAAGCAUUUGGCUGCACUGAAGAAAAAUGGUGUGGACUUAAACUGGGCCAACCAGCAAGGACAGCAAGCUCAGGCACCUGCCGCGCCCCAGGCACCUUUGCCUGACAUGCCGUGGCCUGUUGUCAAACCUUUGGGAGAGCCUCAGUGAAUUUUGGGGGGUUUAAAGCAGACAGUAAGGGUAAAUAGGUGUACAUCACAUCAUUUUAUGGCUUAAAACAUCCAAAAUAAGGCUUGUUUCUGGUAAAAUAUGAAUAACUUUUAUCUGUUGGAAUGACUUUCAGACCAUUUUAUUUUAAGAUGAAUAUGCGUUUGUUAAAAACUUGUAAAUACAUAAUUUUACCGUGUAUCCAUGAAGAUUAACUUAAGAGCGAGACUUUUUUAUUCCUCUAAUUUGAAGCUUCUUUUAUGUAAAUGGGUGUGCUUACCAUACGUGAAGUUGUAAAUACACAUAUAUAUCUAUUCAAAGUUAUUUCUACAUUUCUAACUUAUAUAACAAAUGAUUUUUCUUAACCUUUUACUUUUGUACUAUUCUGUUACCCGGGAAUGCUUCCAGAUAUGUCUAGUUGUGAGGGUAAAUGCAGUUCAUGAGGGAUUAUUUUCUCGAAGUAAUUCUUUUCUUUUCCAGCCUUAUGUACUUUUUUUUUUUCUAGGAUUCCUCCUGAGAUUACCUGGAGAGCCUGUGCAGUUUGUCAAAGAGUAUGCAACAUUUAUUAAGUUAUUUAAGGGCAAGCUGUCACUGUGUUCUUCACCAGAUACUUAUUCAAAUCAAAUGCAUGCUAUGCUAAUAUAGUUUGUGCAGACUUAAGUCUCUGCAAGUGGACCUUUUUAUUUAUUUUAUUCUUUCUUUUAACAACGUUUCCGUGCCUGGCUUCUCCUGGGGGCCUGGUUCUACAAUUUGUACAAAUGUCUGAUCUUAGUCUCUUGACACUGAGCGAUACAUACUCAGCUCUAAAAAUUUUAUGCGUGAAUGAAAAAGGAUGAUGCCUUUGCUUUGUAACAUCCUCGUAUUUCUUAACCAAAAUGUCAUGUGUAUUUCCUAUGAGAUGGUAUAAUAAAGGACAAAUACAUACA